UCUAACUCCACACAAUACAAUAAUCUAAACCCCAUUUCAAACUUGGCUACUUUUUUUCAUUUUUCUUGAAGCUCGACGAAGAAGAAGAAGGAGGAAAAUGGAGAAAAGGGUUAUUGAUUAUAUGUUAGUACCAUUAGGACUGUUGGCUAUGGUGGUUUACCAUGGCUGGCUUCUCUACCGAGUUAUGCACCACCCCACCAAGACCGUCAUCGGUGUCAAUGCCAUCCACCGCCGUUCCUGGACCCGUGCUAUGAUGGAGAAUUUGCACAAAAAUGGAGUUCUUGCGGUUCAGACGUUGAGGAACAACAUAAUGUCGUCGACCCUUAUGGCCUCGAUGGCCAUUACGCUCAGUUCUCUAAUCGCUGUGCUGAUGACCAGCAGUGGAAAAAACAAAAUUGAGUUGUUCAUUUUUGGAGACAAAAGUGAGGCCAGCUUAUCUGUCAAGUACUUUUGCAUAAUGGCUUGCUGCUUAGUGGCCUUCUUAUUCAACUUGCAAUCAACAAGUUACUAUAGCAAUGCAACCCUUCUGAUCAACAUGCCAUACAAGAAGAUCUCACAAGAUGAUGAACACGAGCAGGUGAUUGUUGAUUUUGUAGCGAGGAGUGUGAACAUGGGAAGCUUUUUCUUUUCUCUAGGGCUGCGCACUUUCUACUUGUCUUUCGCUCUAUUCUUAUGGAUAUUCGGUCCUCUUCCCAUGUUUGUUUAUAGCUUUGUUUUGGUUUUCAUGCUCUAUUUCUUGGAUGUUAACUUUCAUACUGGGUGUGUUGUUGAUGUCUCCGAUGACGACAUUAAUUAGUCACUCAAAAAAUAAUGAGGAGUUUGGGAUUAUUGGGAGACCAAUUUAAAUGUUUUUCUUUUGGUUUGGUUGGUCAACUACUUCAUGGAAAUUAAAAAACAUUUGUGCAAACUUGA